CCGUGUUAUGGACACCCAAUCUCCUUCCAUCAUUGCCGAUUGAUCCUUGAUUAAUCAGCCGAGAACCCGAGAUCGAUCAUGCCUAUGGCACCAGCACAAGGCAAGCUGAGUCCGGAGGCCAUCGACAACGAAGUCAUCAGCAACGGCAGCGCCAAGGACUACCUGGACCCUCCUCCAGCGCCGCUGGUGGACGCCGGCGAGCUGGGUAAGUGGUCUCUGUACCGUGCCGUCAUCGCCGAGUUCACGGCCACGCUGCUCUUGGUCUACGUCGCCGUCGCCACCGUGGUCGGCCACAAGCGCCAGACGGACGCCCAAGCGUGCAGCGGCGCCGGCGUGCUGGGUAUCGCGUGGGCCUUCGGCGGCACGAUCGCCGUCCUCGUGUACUGCACCGCCGGCAUCUCCGGCGGCCACAUCAACCCCGCGGUGACGUUCGGCCUCCUCCUGGCGCGCAAGGUCUCCCUUCCCAGGGCCUUCCUGUACAUGGUGGCGCAGUGCGUGGGCGCCAUCUGCGGCGCGGCGCUGGUGAGGGCCGUGCACGGCGGUCACCACUACACGCUCUACGGCGGCGGCGCUAACGAGCUCGCGCCGGGAUACUCCAGGACGGCGGGGCUCAUCGCCGAGAUCGCCGGCACCUUCGUGCUCGUGUACACCGUGUUCUCGGCGACCGACCCGAAGCGCAUCGCCCGGGACCCGCACGUCCCGGUGCUGGCGCCGCUGCUUAUCGGAUUCGCCGUGCUCAUGGCGCACCUUGCCACUAUCCCCGUCACCGGUACCGGCAUCAACCCAGCGAGGAGCUUUGGUGCCGCCGUGGUGUACAACGGUGGGAAGGCUUGGGAUGACCAGUGGAUCUUCUGGGUUGGCCCGUUCAUCGGCGCCGCCGUGGCCAUGGUGUACCACCAGUACAUCCUUAGGAACAGCUCCAUCUUCCGGUCCAACUACGAUGCCGCCGUCUAGCUACUUCCAUCCAUUGAUGCGCUCCAUAUCUACUAGUAGAUGAGGUGAGAUCCACAUUAUAUAUGGACGGAUCCACCGUGUGGCUGUUAAAAUCGAUGGUCAAUUAGUACGUUGUUGUGUUACUGAACGUAUGUAUUGCAUUGUAUGUUAGUGUUGGGUUUACAGUGUUUGCUAGUUACUGCAAGAGAUGGCUAUCUAUCUAGUGAGAGAAACCAAAAUAUUACUUCCAAUGAUUUUUAUGCUUGUGUUCUCCCUGAA